UGAUCGUCCCCGCAGACGGUGCAUGUCUUCAAAUCGGUCUUGGGCUUUAGUAGUUUCCAUAUGUAAUCGGGAUGGCCGAAUUUCCUUUUCAAUCGUUUUUCCAGGGAUCUUCGACUCUUCGGUACGGCCCAUAAGAACCCAUCGCCGAUAAGAGAUUCGAUAGAAAACGGGGCUUCUCUCGGGGGCCUCUCAAUUCCAACGCCUGCCAAGCAAUAGGCAUCUAAAAAAAAAGUGAGGUUAUAUUUUGGUAUUGUAUUAUGUAAUUGUGGAUACCUGGAGGAUGUGGGUGGUGUCCUAGUAACACAUUAAGAGUUUGUUGGAAUCUGCGGAACGCUAGAUUUAUUCUACUUGCUAUCGAUACACUCAUUUUGUAGUGUAUUUUAUUUGUAAUAUUUGUUAAUAUAAAAAGUAAGGUUAUGUUGGUUAAUAAUUGCACGCUCUGUCAAUUUUCGUAUCAUUCGUACUCCGUCUAACCAACGCAUAGUGAUAUACGCAUCUCUUUUUACGUCAGCUGUCAAAAGUCACGUUUGUGUCAAUGUCGAAGGCAAUGCAAAUGUUAUGGGAAAUAGAAAUGAGAAGUGCAUCGGUAGUGGGACUGUGGAAAGUGAAAAAAUCGUGCCGUUGGAUGAUACGGCGCGGCUCCUCGUCGUGCGGCCGUCUCACAACAGUCUCGACGAUGGCUUCUGCAGGGUGCGGUAGAUUGUGCGCUCGGGUGCACGAGAAACUGUGUCAGUGGGGACAAUCGCAAAUUUCUCGAAAACCGUCGAGUGCGCGCGGCAAAUUUGGAUUUUUCACGCCGAUCAGGAAUUUCUCGGACGACGCCACUAAGGCUCAGGCGUUGAAGAACGCCGUGGCGGCCGCCGCGACGACGGCGUCGUCGGGAUGUUGGCACCCCUGCGUGCGACCGGAGGCGCCCGGAACUGCCCGGACUUUCGCGACGAUGAGAACCCAACAGCCCGGCUCGUUGCCCGAUUAUCAAGUCGAUCCUUACGCCCUGCUCGAGGACGAUCUCAGGGACGUUUACGAAUAUAUUAAAAAUGUGCUCAGGAGAAACACAUUCCAGGAUAAUUUGUACGAAAUAGCCACGUAUUAUUUCGACGGACACGGGAAAGCUCUUAGACCAAUGGUUACCAUUCUAAUGGCCCGUGCAAUUAACUAUCACGUGUACAAAGAAAACAGAAACGAACUAUUGCCCGCCCAAAGAGAGGUAGCCAUGAUAUCGGAGAUGAUCCAUACGGCCUCUUUGGUCCACGAUGACGUCAUCGAUCAAUCGGAUUUCCGCAGGGGCAAGCCCAGCGUCAACGUCAAGUGGAACCACAAAAAAGUGACGAUGGCGGGCGAUUUUAUUCUGGCCGUAGCUUCAAUGAUGAUAGCUAGGUUAAGAAAUAACGAUGUUACAUCGGUGUUGAGCCAAGUCGUGUCUGAUCUAGUCCAAGGUGAAUUUAUGCAAUUAGGAUCUAAAGAAACGGAAAACGAACGAUUCGCCCAUUAUUUACAGAAAACCUACAGGAAAACCGCCUCGCUGAUCGCCAAUUCAGUCAAAUCGGUGGCGAUUCUGGCCGAAUGCGACGAAAAAACCACCGAAAUAUCGUAUCAAUACGGCAAAAACAUCGGACUGGGUUUCCAAUUGGUCGACGAUCUAUUGGACUUCGUCUCAUCAUCGGAGGCCAUGGGCAAACCGACGGCGGCCGAUCUGAAGCUCGGCCUCGCCACCGCUCCGGUACUAUUCGCCUGCGAAAAGUAUCCCGAAUUGAACCCGAUGAUAAUGAGACGGUUCCAAGAACCCGGCGACGUCGAGAAGGCCUUCGAGCUGGUGCACGAAUCGCGCGGCCUCCAACAGACGCAAUUCCUGGCCCGCCAGCAUUGCCAGGAGGCCGUCCGCUAUGCCAAUCUCAUCGAGGAGAGUCCCUAUCAGAAGGCGCUCAUCGUCACCGCCGAUUACGUGCUCAAUCGCAUGAAAUAGUUUAGAGAAUUACGCAUGUAGUACGACGAUUAGGACGGCGAGAAAGAGGGGGAGCGAUCUUGAAUUUUCCGCUCCUUUUCCAAUACACGCUUCCGCUCGUUUAGAUAGUAAAGGAGCGAGAAUUCGACGUGAUCGAUAGAUCUAGAUGGCGUUAGAACUGCGCGAGUAUCUAUGCGCUAUCUCUUUUUCUCUGGUACUACCUCCCUGUAUUUCUCUUUUCAUCUACCAAUUAACUGCAGAUAAAAUAACCACCAGUGUGAGAUAAUGUGUGAGAGAAUGAGAGUUCGUGAGAGAAGGAGAUAGCUGCUACGGUACUUGCGCAGUUGUAACUCUCAUAACUCAUUUGUGUAUAUUUCUCUAGAAGAAGAAGUAGAAGGGAGAUAGCGGUAGAAGCGGUAGAAAUACUUGUACAGUACUAGAUACUAGUAUACUCUAGUAGUUAGUUCUAAGGUAGCGUUAGAACUGUGCAAGUACACUAUCUUCCUCUUUUACACUCCCUCUUCUAUCACUCUGUCUCUGCUACUCUAUCCAUCAGCCAUCUUUCCCUCUAUCCUCCUCUCCCCCUCUCCUUGUCUCCCUCUCUUCCUCUAUCUCUCUAUUAUACUCGGAUAUACACACUCUCUUUCUUGCACUUGUGUUAUUCUUAUGUCCGCACGUAGGCGAUAGUUGUAGUUAUGAAAUUAUUUUGAAAAUUAGUUAAAGUUUAAUAUUUAAGGAAAUUUAAAAAAAAAUAUAUGUAUGCCCAAUUUGUACGAGUUACCAUUUUUAUUAUAAUUAAAUAAUACAAGUCAAUAUUUUAGAUUAGCGAUAAGAGAUAAAAGUAAAUUAUGUAUUGAAUAUAAUAGGCAAGAGGACAGGGUUUUUUGUAUUUAAUUAGUAAAAAAAUAGAGUUUAAAUUCCCUGGAUAGUCAUUUAAAUAACAAUGCUUGUAUUGUAUAUAUAUUUAAUUUAGAGAGAAUUCGGUUUCUAUUUUUUAUUCAUAAUAAUCCACAAACGAAAAUCUUAUUUAUUAAAUCGAGCACGUGAAAAAGGAAAAAAAUUCUUUACCACACUCAUCUUAUAAAAACCUUAUUAUUUUUAUUAGACAUUAUUAUUAACUGUAACUCCUACGCAAUUG